AUGCUCAAAAGAUUCAACAGUACUGCAACGCCAUCUACCUACUCCUCUCGUAUCAAUUGGAAAUUGAUCAACCCCAAAAUCUUCAUUCAACAUGAUUGUGACUUUUGUCAGCAGCAUUUCCCGCCUGAUAAACAAGUGAACUUUGCGCAAGAUCUCGAUAAGAGUGCGGCAAUACCAAGCAAACAUGUCAUGGCUCUCACAACCAAGCACAAUCGAAUUGGAGAGUUUGAGUCACGUAUUGAGAAUUGGCUGGGUACAUUGGCCCAUGAAAUUCACAAGUUACGUUUCAAGGUGCCAUUGGGGUCAAGGACAUUGAUUUCGAGUAUUGUGCUCCAUAAAAAUGACGAAAUUCUACGCCAGUUUAACGUAAAGCAACACAAUGGUGAGCAAUUGGUAUUUAUCUAUCCUGAAAUGAAAAUUGUCAAGUUCAACAUCGCCCAUACUGCCCAAUUCAUAACCAAAUAUUUGAAGAGUGGAGUUGAAGAAGAGACUGAAGUGUUUAAUCCCUUUUUAAAACCUCUGGACAUUUCAAGUAAACGAUCAACCAAAAUAAAAGUUGAUGAUCGAAAUUUUCAAGAAUGGCAUAUAGAUAGGGACUUGAUUGUGAUUUGCGGUCAUGCCAAAAGGGACAUCAGAUGUGGGAUCUUAGGACCUAUCUUAGUGGAUAAGUUCAAUGAAGCAUUGACUGCAAAGACUAUUGAGAACGAUGCAUAUGUUGGUGAAAUUACUCAUAUAGGUGGUCAUGCAUUUGCCGGUAAUGUAUUGUACUACCCCAAAGAAUGCACUACUAGCCUCGACUUUAUUUGGUACGGUAGAGUUUUUCCGGACCAUGUAGAGAUGGUCGUUGAUGAUACGGUUGUACAUAAGCGAAUAAUUAAAGGGUUAUUUAGAGGUGAUAAUUAUAAAUAUGGGGCAUAG